UAUGGGGUGUUGCGGUUGUAGAAGACCUUUUUGCGAAGUCUCUAUCUUGUACACACCAUGGCGUUGCUAUUUCUCUCCAUGUGGUCAUCUCCGUGGUGACACCGACUGUGUGGGCCGUGCGGAUGCUAUCCGAGAUCUUGCGGAAUCCUAUGAAGUUGGCCAUCAGCUCUUCGAGGUAAAGGAAAGGGAGGCUACUCGGUGCGAGAGCUGAUGGACAAACCGAAGAUGUACAUGAUACUGGAUGAUCUGGACAUACGCCCUGGCCACACCUAUGGUUUCAGCAUGAAGGACUUAAAAGAUGGUGGCUUUCGCAUGUUUGAUUUCCGGAACCGGAAGCUUGGCAUCGAUUCGGGGCCGGCCAGAUCGUGCAGGAUUCACCUGCUCAUUGAAGUCAGCUGGUUAUGAUCUGACUUGAAACCGUUGGCCGACUGUUCUUGUACUGAACUGAAGUCGCUGGGCGCUGGUCCUCGCCAGCUCUAUGAGGCCGUCGCCUGAAGCAAUUGAAGGCUGAUGGCUUUAGUGCUCGCAGCAUUCCAGGCCCAGCAGCUCUUGGGUGCUGGGUACAACAGCACUGAACUUUCGAAGGCCGGCUUCAGCAUCACGGAACUGAGAGAUGCCGGCGUAGGUUUGGCAGAACUUGCGCUUGUCGCUAGCGCUAGAGACCUGAGAAAUGCCGGUUUCAACGAGAAACAAAUGAGCGGGGCCAACUUCAGCCUUGAUGAACUCAAGAGUGCCGGUUUCAAUGCACGGGAGCUAAAGACUGUCGGUUUCAGUGCAGAAGAUCUGAGGCUGUCAGCUUCAACAGUGAGGACUUCAUGACUGCUCAGCAGGCGAGAGACCUUGGCCUCGGGGCCAAAGAACUGAGAGAACGGGGCUACGGCUUGGAUUUCAGCCUCGCUCGCAUGAAACUGGUAUUGGAUUCGAUGCUGAUAUUGGAUUCGAUGCUGAUAGCCUGAAAGAAUUGGGCUUUCGGGCUCAGCAGCUGCGGGGGCCGGCUUCAGCUAGGCGUCCUUGAGGCGUGCCGGAUACAGUGCCACGAGGGCGGAUGCUGGAGCCACGAUUUUUCAGCUGAAGAAAGCUAAAUAAUACGAGCGGAGCAUUGCAAGGUGUGGCAAAUUUUCGACAAGACUUCUCGAAAAGGCCAAUGUCAAAGAUGUCACAGAUACUGAUCAGCGUUCUGAGCAAGAUUUCAAGAGCUGGCAAAGGGAACACCGCAAUCGCUACGACAAUUGGCCUGGAAGUAAGAAAAAGAAGAAGAGCAGAGGCAUCACCAGCGACGACGUCGCAUUCGGGGUUGGCAUUUCGCUCAGCUUAAACAUGGCGGGCUCUUCGGCUAUAGUCUACCAAGGACCCGCUGCUGAAAGCUGACAAACACCUUCCUUGGCAAAAGACAACCAGGAGCUGGGCUUCUUUGAUCGCGUUUUCUAGGCUGAGAGCCGUCUUGUGCUGCAAAAUAGACCGCGGCCCGAAGAGUUAGCCGCCAAGAAGCAACUUAGAGCUGACCUUGGGGACCUUGGGGAGAUGGUGACAUGUCUUGACCUGGUACGCC